GAUAAUGGAACAAUGGAGUUGCCGGUCAUUGAUUUGAGCAAGUUCCUUCAAGAAAACUUGUCGACUUGUGAACAGGAUUGUCGUACACUUGCAAAUGUAUUGAGACAAUAUGGUGCUGCAGCUAUUUAUGAUCCACGCGUGAAACAGGAAGACAGUGAACGAUUCUUAGAUAUGAUGGAAAAGUAUUUUGAACAACCAACAGAGAUCAAGUUGGAGGAUGCUAGACCACAAUUAUAUUACCAAGUGGGUGUUACACCUGAAUUUACGGAACAGCCAAGAGACAAUUCGGAAUAUGCAAGUCAGCUAUUACCAGAACAUAAACCUACAGCUUUUAAAGGCAAAGACUGUAAAUGGCGUUUUCAGUGGAGAAUCGGUGAGAGAGCAGAAAGUAGUAAAUAUCCAGAACUAGUGGCUGAGCCAGUAGUUCCUCGAGGCUUUCCAGACUGGCCAGCUAUCAUGAACGAAUGGGGUGAGAAGUUGCUCUGUACAGGAUUUACUAUUGCAGAAAUGUUAGCAAUUGGACUGGAGUUACCUCGUGAAUCCUUUCUUCGAUUACUAACAAAGGGUUCUCAUUUAUUGGCACCUACAGGAGUUGAUGUAGAUAAAUAUGAAAAGGGUCAUGUCGUUGCUGGUUUUCACUAUGAUUUGAAUUUUCUUACUUUACAUGGCAAAGCACGUUAUCCAGGACUCUUCAUUUGGACUCGUGAAGGUAUUCGUAUUCCUUGUAAAGUCCCUGAUGGUUGUCUAUUGAUUCAAGUUGGAGCACAAUUGGAGUAUUUGACUGCAGGUUAUUUAGAGAAAGGCUUCCAUGAAGUUGUCAUCACAGAAGAAGUGAAACAAAAGGCCAAAGAAAGGAACCAGAAAAGUCAUUGGAGAGUUUCAUCCACUUUAUUUGUUCAUGUGGAAGCUGAUGCUAUAUUAGAACCUUUAGGACAUUUUCACAACUUCGUCAAGCACUAUCAUCCCAAAGAGGCUGGAGCUCAAGUAGCUCAAGAACUAAAUGCCAUUCAGUUGGCCCAAAGUAUUUGAGAUAUGCAAAGUAGUCAGUCAGUUUAUCGCUUCUCACAAGUAUGUUUUAUAAAGUCUAAAAGUAUUGUGGACGACUGUUUGCAGCACCCUUUGCUUUUGGAUAUGGUUUCAGGGAAACUAUCGUCCCAGUUGUUUCAGUAAAGGAAUAUUUUGUGUUUACUUGCAAAAGUUUGAUUCACUCUUAUAGACAAUUUUCAAG